GGGCCGCAGAGCGCGCGGACACGCCCAGGUGGUCGCGUGUGGGCUGACUGACUGGACUCGGCCAUGCCGUCGUCCAACCCCAGCAAGAGCGAGCGCAAGCACGCGCGCAAGAAGCGCAAGCUGGAGGAGCGCCCAGAACUCGUACAGCCAGAUCACAGACUGGAACAUGGACCUGCCGACGCGCUCAGCUGAAGACACGCCGCCCAAGUCCAGGAUCACCAACAGGUGUGUGGUGAAGAGGAGCCAUAUCGUAAUACUGGGAGUUCUCCUCAUUCUAUGCAUUACCUCCAUAGCGUUAUCGUUGGGAUUCGGCCUGCCGAACAUGAACCCGCUCGCGCAGAGCGCGCCGCCGCUGGAGAGGCGGCCGGCGCCGUCGGCAGCGCCGCUCAAACAGUUCCAGCACGCCGCCAUCGUCGCCGACGCCGACGAGUGCGCCCAGAUAGGACUGACGAUGCUGCGCCGCAACGGCACGGCUGUGGACGCGGCCGUGGCAGCCCUGGUCUGCAUCGGCGUCAUCAACGCCCAGUCGGCCGGCAUCGGCGGCGGCCUGCUGAUGACGCUAUACGACCGGCCGUCGCGCGCCGCCGCCGCGCUGGUGGCGCGCGAGACGGCGCCGGCCGCCGCCACUCGCGACAUGUUUGUCAAGGACCCGGGCCAGGCACAGCUGGGCUGGAGAGCCGCUGGCGUGCCGGGAGAGGUAGCUGGCUACUGGGCGGCCCACCAGAAGCACGGCAAGAUCGCCUGGAAGGAGCUGUUUCAGCCCAGCAUCGAGCUGUGUCGGACUGGCUACAGAAUCAACGAACAUCAGAACAAUCACCUUCAGAAGAAGAAAGCUGAUCUGUAUAAGGAUAAGUACUUCAGGUCUGUCUUCUUCAACGAGACAUCGGGAGAGCCGUUCCCGGAGGGCCACCUGAUUCAGCGGCCGAAGCUGGCUGAGACGCUGCAGGCCAUCGCCGACGGUGGCGCCGCCGCCCUCUACGGCGGACAAGUCGGAAAGCUGCUGGUGGAGGACAUCCAGAAAAAUGGCGGCAUCAUCACUCUGCAAGACCUUAAAGACUACAAGGUCCGCUGGGUGGAGCCGACCUCGACGCGCCUCAGUAGCGGCAUGGCCCUGUACGGCGUGCCCCCGCCCGGGUCAGGCUCCCUGCUCACAUUCGUAUUCAAUAUCCUGGACGGCUUCCAGUACGGCAAGAACAGGCCGAAGACGAAGGAAGAACUAAACCUGAUGUAUCACAGGAUCGCCGAGGCGUUCAAGUACGCGUACGCGCGCCGGACAGACCUGGCCGACCCCAAGUUCGUUGACAUCUCCGAGCUGAUGGCGAACCUGACAUCGCCGGACUACGCCGAGUUCGUGCGCGGCCUGAUCGACGACAGCCGCACUUACAACGACCCGGACCACUACGGCGUGCACGUGGCGCCGGUGGAGGACGCCGGCACGUCGCACGUGUCCGUCAUCGACCGCUACGGCAGCGCCGUCUCCGUCACCAGCACGGUCAACCUGCACUUCGGCGCCAAGGUGCUGUCGCCCAGCACAGGCAUUCUGCUCAAUGACGAGAUGGACGACUUCUCCACGCCCGGCGCCAAGAACUAUUUCGGCCUGCCGCCGUCGCCCACGAACUUCAUCGAGCCAGGCAAAAUGAUGGUGUCGUCCAUGUGCCCGUCGCUGUUUGUGGACGCGGCUGGUGACGUGCGGCUGGUGACGGGAGGGGCUGGUGGCACGCGCAUCACCUCCGCCACGGCCCUGACGGCCUUCCGUCACCUGUAUCUGGGCGAAGACCUGAAGCAAGCCACUGACUUCCCACGGAUUCACCACCAGCUGUUCCCGAUGACGCUCAACUACGACGCUGACUUUCCUCCGACAACGGUGGCCUACCUGUCCGACAAGGGCCACAACAUGGAACAGUGGGAGCAGCGCUCGGUGGUGCCCGUCCUCAGUCAGGAGGACGGCACCAUCUACGGCAACAUGGACUACAGGAAGGGCGCCGGUGACGUCAUGGGCUUCUAGCACCCCUGUGCUCCAGGCUCGGGUGUCUUCUGGCGUCUGUCGCGCGUAUGCACAGUGCACCAGGAAGAAGCACAAGGGAACUGCGCGGUGAAUGACCACGCCCUGAAGCUUCAGGCUCUGCGGCACCGAACCAUCUCAGCUAAUGGGACAUUUACUGAGUGCCUCAGUGCCCUGUGGUGUUGUGGCUGCGCGUAGGGUAGGAAUGGACCCCGGUCACGCGGGUCGCUCCGUGAUAAGGAUUGCAAGACACUGAGGUGGAGCGAACGCCAGUAGCUAUCGCAUGAGGACGUUCCACAUGUAUAUUUUUUGUCGGUUUGUGAUGUACUCUGAGCUGAUUACUAGUAAAGAUAUGGACUGAUA